AUACAAUGUACUAUGAACAUGACUCAACACUAUCAAAUGGGAAUACACUUCCUCUUCUAACCAGUCCAUUCGACCCUGCUCAAGCCAUACAGGAUAAUCCUGAUUGUGCUACUGCGCAACUCAGCGAUCAAUUCGCAAACAAUAGUUUAAUAGAACCUUUAGAUAUGCCUAUGAAUCAUCACAUCAAUCAUGAUUUUGCUUAUGUUGAUUCAAUUGGCUUUCAUUCCCCAAAAGGCUUUACUUCAAUGCAUUAUCCUGCAAUGUCUGCUUCACUACCGAAUGAUAUUUUCUCCCGUUCUCCGGAAUCUUCUUCAUCUUCCGAAUCUAACCCGCUUAUUCACGCUCCUUCACACCAGUACUAUAAUACUAAUCAACUAUGGCCACAGCACCCUAUAAAUGUCCCAACAUCUCACUCUAUACAGCCAUUCCAUUCUCAAGUCUACCAUGACCACGAAGAUUCUAGGCGUUCCUCGUCUGUUCCACUUCAACUCAGCUUCGAUCCCAGCAGUGAUACCCUUUCCUCACCUCAUCCCAACAACGCAAAAGCCUCGCCUGUUCAAAUUGAAAGAAUUAUCACUAUGCCGCGGAAACGUACGAGUAUAGAAGGUCGCCGCCAAAGGAUGGAUGAAAGACUUUCAAAGGUUAAUUUUGAUGACAUUACGGUUGCAGAGCUCAAGGAUUUCUUGAGAGAAAGAGGUUUGUCUGUUACUGGCAGAAAAGCAGAACUCAUGGGCCGUUUAAAGCAAGAGUACGACUCGUUAUUCAAUCACCCUGAUUCUCAAAAUAAACCACCAACCGAGGUGUCUCAGCCGAAUGCUAUUGUCCAUCGUAGGACAGCAAAUACGUUGACGCGCUCACCCAAAAAGUCGCCUAAAAAGGCACAUCGUACUUUUAUACCUUAUCCAACACAAACACAGCAUCGACUAGCUACUUCUGUGCCAGAAACACAUCCACACUCCUAUAUGAAUGAUCAAUAUAUGAUGCAUGGGUCUUCGCGCUUACGUCAAAGUAUAGACAGAGAAGGUUACAGCCAAUGUGAAAUGCUCAGCUCAUUCAAUGAAACAGGAUAUUCCAUAGAGAAUGUUGAUCCUUAUGCAGCGCCCAAUCAGUUAUCAACAACAGCAACGGCAACAACAGAGACUUGGGAUAAUCAAGCUUUCCAAAGCCUAUUUAUUACUUUAGACAGAAAAUAGGUUCGAUCCUCAGGCUGUGUGUGAAACAGUCGAUACCUGACCCUUGGUUGUUAAUGCACAUAAGCAAGCAAGCAAAAGAUAUAUAUACAUAUAUAUAAAAAGAUAUGUGUUUUUUUUUUUUUAAUGCUGAACGUUUGUGCAAAUGUCAAACUUAAGAUACACUGGAU